AUGGAGCAGACGAAGAUUACCAAGGUGAUCCUUCCGGUAGCCACGCCGCCCACGGUGGCCGCCCCUGCCCGUCCUGCGACUGCCUCGUUCGGCGCUGGGCUCCUGCUGAAGUUCAGGAAGACGGAUGCUCGCAAGGGCCAGCAGCUUACCGACAACGGCAGCAACACCCCCAAGAAUACCCGCCAGAAUCCCGCAUACUGUUACAGCUGUCAAAUGCGCAACUUUUACGUUCCAAACCUGCCGUUGCCGCCGCCUGGCGUGGAAGACAACAGGUGGGACUGA